AUGGGCGAGAGCAGCGAACUCCGACGCUGGGAUGAGAUGAUCCCGGAUGCACUGGGACUGAUCUUCUCAUAUCUUUCUCUCCAGGACGUCCUGACUGUUGUCCCCAGGGUUUGCAAAUCCUGGGGAGGAGCAGUGGCCGGGCCUUACUGCUGGCAAGAAAUUGACAUCGAGGAAUGGUGUGAGAGGUCCAAGCCCGAACUCAUCAGUCGGAUGCUUCAGUUGCUCAUUCCCAGAAGCUCUGGCUCCAUUCGCAGGCUCUCUGUGUCCAGCCUCCCCAACGACCCAAUUUUUCGCUACAUUGCCAACCAGUAAGAAAUUCUGGUUUCGCGUUUCAAUUCAGAAACUCUGUUUGUCUAAACCGCUGAAACCAAGCUUCAAUAUUUCACAAUAUGUUGCCUUCCCAGUUGGCGUUCGAGAUACUUUUCUGAUCCCGACUCUGCCAUCUGCAUAGUGAAGUUCAUCAAUUUAGAAACAGAUUUUGAAUCGUUCUUGAAUAGGAAAAGUCGAAGCAGUUUUUUGUGGAGGGACUUAAUGAUCUGCAGUGUCUUCCACUCUAUUUAAACCUCUAACUUGACUGUAGUUUAUUAGAACUUUGCAUUAAUGUGUUGAGAAAUCCAAUGAAUUCUCCCAGAAAGGGAAGAGGAACUUGGAACUUUGAUUUUUCGGAUUGCCAUUAGUGGCCAGAGGGGUUUGUGAUCCAUGGUGUCUUCAGUUAUCUUUUGAUUUCUCCUUUGUGAGUCACUAGAAACAUUGCAUUAACGUAAUGUACAAAGAACUAUGAUGAACUUUUUCUUUGUUACCCAUAAAAGGAAGCAAAGCAUGCUUGUUUACUUUCUGGUUUAACGACCAAACAAGUCUCCAUUUAUGUUAACGCUUAUGAAAGCACCACUGGACUUAGCAAGUAUCUUUGGCUUAGACUUCCGACAUUAGAUUUGCACCCUUCCAAGCCCCUGAUUUUCGCACCAACAUGAAAUUUACUCAUCGCACUUUGCAUAGAGAAAUCAAUCUGCCUCACAACUCCACAUUUUCUCUCUUCUUCUUUUUGCCAGCGUCAGUUCCUUGCAGACUCUUGAGAUGCCGAGGAGCGAGAUAAGUGACCCAAUUGUGGAGGAAGUUGCGGGGAAGUUCUCCAAUGUUACCUUCCUGGAUGUGAGCUACUGUGUCAAGAUAGGCGCUCGCGCACUGGAGGCAUUUGGGAAGCACUGCAAGGCUCUUGUUGGGCUGAAGCGUGUGAUGCAUCCAGUGGAGGUGGCGGAGAAAGUAUGCCAGGAUGAUGAGGCCCACGCAAUCGCCUCCACAAUGCCAAAGCUCAAGCACAUUGAGAUCGCCUACCUUCUCCUCACAAAUGUGGGGAUACUUGACAUCCUCUCUCAGUGCAGGGAACUCAGAUUCCUGGACAUUCGGGGCUGCUGGGAUGUGAAGCUCAAGGAGAACUUCCUGAAGGAGAAAUACUCGGGCUUGAAGGUUCUGGGACCGUUGAUUGUGGACAGCUACGAGAUGAAUUACUGGGAUGAGUGCUCCAACUACUCAGAUUCGUCUGGAUACUUGUCGUGGGAGUUCAUGGACGACGUGGUUGGAGAAUACUAUGACGGCUUCAGUGAUGAUGACGACGACGACGGAGCAUGGGACGAUGGCCAGGGGUUGGAAGGGCUGGAAGUCAGGUUCUAUGGCGGUGGGUUUAAUGGAGGUUCUGCCGGGUUUGAUUGGCCUACUUCUCCCUGA